AUGUUGACAACAAAAUUAUUUAUAUUUAUUAUUUAUUUUAUCUUUCUUCUGUUUUCCUUGUCAACUACAAACGAUGAAGAAUCUUGUGGAGAAAGUUCUACUCCUUUUCUAGAAGAGGAAUAUUACUUAUCUGACGACAUUUAUGACCUUGAAAAUGAAGUGAAAGAAUUGAACGGACGAGUGCAUUUUGAUCCAAAAGGUGGAAAAAAUUUUUUCAAUAAAACUUUGAAUAUGGCAAGAGAAAUUAAUAAAACAAUUAAAGAACACAAAUUAAAUUACUUACACUCAGUUGUAGCUAACGGAAAUUUCCAUUUAUUAUUUAAUUCUGAAGUAAAAAUAUUAAAAGGCACAAACCAACAAAAUACUAUACAAAUAUUUAUGACUAAAUUUCGUAGAAUUCUUUUGAAUUUUCGUUUAGAAUUAAUUGAGAGUUAUAAAGGUAGUAUAUUUUUAUUGUCAUUUGUCUUGUUUAUUUGUUUACUCAGCCUUUGUUUUUAAUUUUGGGAACGGAUAUUUAUUAGAGGGGCAUCUCAUCG